CAAAAGAAACUAGAAAGCAAAGCAAGAGAGGAAAAAGACGAGAACAUAAAAUCCUACGGAGAAACAUGGAGAUGAGUUUGACAUCUGCAGCCUCACCUUCAAGGUCUAUGUGCUUCAACCAUGGCGUUUUACACCCGAAGUCCCCAGUUGUAACCAUUAAGAAAAUCGCUACAGGUAACGCUACCGGUAGCGGUAGAAGAAGAAGAAGAAGACCCGUGUCUGCAAUUAAGGCUUUUAAUAGCUCGUCUUCCAAGCAGACCUUAUCGAGCAACUGGGAUAUUUCCCAAGACUACUCUGCAAUUUCAGCUCCAUGGCUGCCCAGUUUCGAGGAGCUCGACACCACCAACAUGCUUCUCCGCCAGAGGAUUAUAUUCUUGGGCUCUCAGGUCGAUGACAUGACAGCGGAUUUGAUCAUAAGCCAGCUUCUAUUUCUGGAUGCUGAAGACUCAAAGAAAGACAUUAAAUUGUUUAUUAAUUCACCUGGUGGCUCUGUUACUGCUGGGAUGGGUAUAUAUGAUGCAAUGAAGUUGUGUAAGGCAGAUGUUUCAACUGUGUGUUUGGGGCUUGCUGCAUCUAUGGGUGCCUUUAUCCUUGCUUCUGGUGCAAAAGGGAAGAGGUUCUGCAUGCCAAAUGCAAGAGUGAUGAUCCAUCAACCACUUGGAACUGCUGGGGGCAAAGCAACAGAGAUGGGUAUACGAAUAAGAGAAAUGGCGUAUCACAAGAUUAAGCUGAACAAAAUACUUUCUAGAAUCACAGGGAAGCCUUUGGAGCAGAUUGAAGCAGACACAGACCGUGAUAAUUUCAUGAAUCCUUGGGUAGCCAAGGAAUAUGGGCUUAUUGAUGCAGUUAUUGAUGAUGGCAAGCCAGGAUUAGUUGCACCCAUCGCAGAUGCAACACCUCCACCCAAAACUCGAGUCUGGGAUCUGUGGAAAGUUGAGGGAAGUAGGAAAGCCAAGAAGAAUUUGCCCUCAGAGCACAAGAUUUUAGAGAAUGGAUAUAAAGGUGGUCAAGGUGAUGGAGAGGGAGACGCUGAACAAGAAAAGCAAGCAUCUACUCCUGUAUGAGCUGUAUUUUUAGAACUCUUCCCGGGGCUCUAAUUGGUAUAAUUUCUAAUAUUUAUCUCUCAGAGCAGGGCGUUUUUCUUCUUUUGGGACUUGUUUAAUGAUUCUUUACACACUUAUAAAUGCUUAAGGUGCCUUUAUAACUUA